UCUACUUGUAGAUGAAACAGGCCGCUGCACCCAGUAGUUGUAAGUUCUGAAAAAUAAAGUUGUCGUCGUGCUGCUUAUGCUUAGUUUCGUUUGAAGGAAAGUCAAACAAAGAUGAACAAAAAAUUUGCUAUGAGCUGCAAAUUACGACGUUUCUACCGCUGAAAUAACCCAGCUGGAGCUCCACACCCACGUGGUCGUGCUGGCAUCCAACACUUGUCCAAGAAAAUGGGGGCGACAAGUACAACUAGCCCCCUGACGUCGUUCUUGACCUCCAAGUUCAAGCCGCUCUUAAGUUUUCUUCUCGGCUUUCAGCUGAUAAUUUGCUCCACGACCCGGACCCACGCGACGACUUAUGCACGCUCACCAUUUUGGUUGUCUGCGCCCUGGUUGUUUUUCCUGCCUGGUGAUCCCCACAACCUGAACCUCCUCGCUCCUGUAACAGCGCAAGAAGUGGAACGAGAAAUAUUAAACCCGCAGGAGGGGGAGCUGCCUUUACAACAGCCGCAACUCGAACAAAUCACUCGUUGCAACGCGCACCACCCGAAUCCGUUAUGCUCUGCAAAACUAUCGUACUCGUAGUAAAUGCUGCUAUGCAUGACAAAUCUCCUUUCUAAGGUAAAACAGCAUUACAAAUUUCAGUUGUAUAUGCUAAGCAAUGCAAUUACUACAGUAGUAAUUUUGCAAUGCAUAUCUUUACUACAGUAGUAAUUUUUUUUUGUACUAGUAGUCUACUAGUACGAUAAUUUUGCAAUGCAUAUCCGUACGAAGACCCCAAUUACCAGCAGAUCCGGGAGUUGCAGAUCGACUGGGAGCAGGUGCGCACGCCCUUGGCCGAGUUCGGCACGGAAAUUUUGCAGGCGGGGGGCCGGAACAAACUUUCGGGCGAAGGGAUCAAGCAACUGGUGAACACUUUGUAUGCAAUGCAAAAGUAUCGUAGUCGUACUAGUAGGAAUUGCAUCACAAAUUUUGGCAAGAAGAAAAGUGGAACUUGUGAUGCUGCUUUACCUAAGGUAGGAGAUUUGUCAUGCGUGAUUGCGAUCCGUAUCAGUACGAGUGCGUUACUUUUGGUUUUGCAAUGCAUACUUUGUUGUGGCCGACGAUUGUGAAGUUCAAAUGUUUUCUCGACGUCAACGUCGACCAGGAAAACGUCCGCCAGUUGACUACGGAGGAAUUGCUCGGCGUUCUCUCCGUCCGCCUGGCCUGGCUCGCCACCAACACCGAAGAUAACAUUAGCAACGAACUGGCGGGGGCACACUGGCUUGUGGAGUGGAGUUUGCUCAUCGAUCUGAUCAACUGGAAUAUCCAAGAAAAAACAACCAUAGCCAUGCACUUUGUCAUGCAAAACACGCAUAAUUUUGAGUAUUUGUCAUGCAAAAAAUGGAUGGGGAUCAUGGUUGUUUUUUUGUGGAUAGGGAAACUAUUUUUCCUCUACGACUUCUCGCGCGUGAUCUUCCCGCUGCUCUUAUGAUCCACAAAAAAUGAGACCCAUCUCCAGCAUCCAAUUUGUCAUGCAAAACAUGCAAGAUCAGACCCUGUGUAGUUUACUAUCCAAAAAAAGGAUGGGGAUGGUGCUGGGUCCUUUUUUGUGGAUGCCUCUACGUGAUUUCCGACAGUAUCAGGAUCAAGCAUGGCGCAGCUCCUGCUGAGGGCAUCAGCGGGCGAGACGGUGAGCAAAAUGAAGACAGCGUUCUCCUACAGGACCCUUGCAGCCAGGGCUGGGAAAACCACUUCGACCUGCAGCUUCCGCAAAAGCUUGAUGACCUAGACUUGGACCUGCACGAAUCGUGGUGCCACUUCCUGACCGAGGGAGUGCUGCAACGGGAGCACUUGAACAAGUGCCCGGUCGCGAUGGCGUGGCUAGCGCUGUAUGCAACACAAAUUUCCCUGUACAUUGUCCAAAGUGCAUCACACAUUUCACGAACUUGGAACAAGAAGCAACUCACUUGUCAUGCUGCAAAAGGUUUGUAGUCAUGCGGAACAAGGAGCCACAUGAUUCCGAUUCGUACGUCGUGUCCGGGAGAUUAAUAUUCCUGUGGAUACCAUCAACCUGGCUUUCAUCAACGUCGCAGCCCAAGACCGCGUACAGGCGUUCGAGUAUGUGCACCAGUAUGACCCGCCUAAGCGUUACAAUCCCAACCGUUACAAAAGAAUCUGGAUUUUGUGGUGUAUGAUGAGCAUGACAGACCCGCACAGCGUUUCACUUUCUGCAAUACAAAUUUCGCCAGAUUCAAUUGCGGUUUUGGAGUCCAGAACUUGUCAUGCGCAAUGCUGUGGGAGUAGGCUAGGUCAUGCACAUUUUGCAUCACAGAUUUCCAUAUUCUAUUGUACAACCGUAACGUUUGAGAUUGUAACAGCUGAGCGGGUUAUAACCAGGCGCAGGCGUUUCUUACCCGCGUGAAAUACUUGAAAGCCUAUAAGAAACCCGGAAGGGGCGGGAGCAGUGGUGCAGAAGUAGACGGCGCUGCCAUUGCCAUCGAAGCAGGAGAUCGAGAUGCAUCGUCCUCUCCGACGACGAAGUCUAGCGGUGCGAGCAGCGCUAGCUUGCCAGCUGUACCGAGUUCAACGGCAAGUGGCUCGAGUGGCACGGACAGCAAGGCAGGAUCGCGUGUUCAGGUGGAGGAGGACCAGCAAGCGAACGCGACGACCGCCGAGCCCCUGUUGCUCUUCCAGAAUCUGUAUCCAGUGCAGAAAAAUUGCUAGCGUGGUAGUAGCACGAAUUGCGACCACACUGCAUGACAGAUUUGCCUUGCAGUUCUUGUUACGUUUGAUGUUGCCUGAAUGAUGCAUAAACAAAAAAUAAGUUUAUCUUGAGCAAACUUGUCACUCGGCCGAGCAUGAACAUGAAGAUGCAUGCGCUAGUUGUUUGAUGAUUCUGCAAAAAUGCAUAACCCGAAUGCGCAGUCGCAAACGGAGGAGGAGAACGAAAAUCUUGUGGCGGAGAUUUACGAACGCAAAAUCAUAUCCUGUGCAAAAGUAUCGUACUCGUAUUGCAAUCAUGCAUCACAAAUCUUUUUCUUAAGGUAAAUCAGCAUUACAAAUUUCAUUUUUCUUGCUGAGGAAAUUUGUAAUGCAUUUAUACGAGUACAAUACUUUUGCAAUUCAUAAAUCACCUUUCCACACGAUUUGGACCUGCGAAAAUUUUACGGCAUGCAGUUCCCCAUUUGGGAGCUGCUUGCAAAGAUGGAUUUUUUCCAGGGUCUCAGUAUCCAGGUGCAGAGUGACGAAGAAAACGCGAAAAAGCACCUGGACAAGGAGAUGCAGGGGCUCAGCAGUGUGGUGUUCGACUCCGGUGUUGCAGACGGCAGGCAUGCGUGGAUGCUGGAGAAUUGGAGCCAGUUUGAUAUCCGAGAGGUCUUAGGAUCGUCGUCCUCUUCCUCGUCGGAUGUUGGAGCAGCAGCCGGCUCGGUGGCCUUAAGUAGAACCGACAGUGCCACCUCUAGAAGUGCAGCGGGAGGAGGAUCGCGAACCACUUCAUCCGCGCCACCGCCGCCUGCUGCUGGAAGUACGGCGAGCACGACAGCCGGCAACUCUCGUGUGCCUGACCUGCAGCUUUUAUUCCCUGAAAAUUAACCACGUCCAUCACGUCCAUCAGAGAAAUUUGUCAUGCAAAAAAUGUAGGAAGUUGUUGAAGUUCAAAUUUCACAUGCAAAAAAUAAAUUGGGAUGGUGAAUUCUCACGGAAUAGCUUCUGCUUCAGUCGCACAACUUCCCAAAAAUCCAGAUCGUCGACGUUGGCGCUAUUUUAUGCAUCGAAACUUCUACAGGAGCUAUCGUUAUCGUAGUCGUAAGUAGUACUAGGCACCUGCACCUCCUUCUUCCACGGUGGCGACUUCACCUGAACACCGAUGGGCCACUGAGCACCUUGCCUUUACUUGCGCACGUCGAACUCGUGUUGUGAAAUUUCACUCUGCCUCGGACGUUCCUGCACGGCACUCAGGUGGGUCGUGGAGGAACCACAGAUCGGAGGAAAUUUCCGCGUACGAAAACUGAGACUUUUCUAAUACGCUACUACGAAGUGCAACAUUUUGUUGAAUACUACGCACUACUGGUCGCAGUAGCCGCCAGCCGACUCGCAACUUCAGUGUAGCGAUGAUGCUCGAAACCCAGACGAUUCUUGUAAGUCUCCUCCCAGUGAUAAGAAUAAAAUUUUGAAAUUUCGCGGAUUUGUUGUCUUCAUUAAAAUUAAAUUUUGAAAUUUCGCGGAUUGCUUGGUUAUUGCGUCAACAUUAAUUAAAAACCUUUCAACCUCAUUGCUUUUUGUCAGCGUGCCACGACGCCUCUGUGUGGCUCUGCGUCAGAACUCUUCUUCUACAUACUCUUUAGCUGUUGCUCGCACAAUAAAGAUAAAAUUUUGAAAUUUCGCGGAUUGACUGCGUCCGUCUGGUCAUCCAUACGUCUCUCCUGGUCCUUACACUUUCCACCUCGAUACGUUCCGCCGCUCCCCGUCCGGGCGUUCCUCCUUACAGGGCCACUUCAGUGGGCCGGCGCCCGGACCGCCGCGCGCGCCCGUUCUAGAUAGUCAGUUAGUAUGUUGAGGGAUUGCAAACAUGGAAGUAUGGUCGUCGUAUAUGCAUUCUGUGAUUGAAUUCAGCUCGUUCUGAAGAAAGAACAACUACUAGAAGGACGACCUACGAAAGCGAUAUUUUUCCCCCAGGAUGCCUUCAGGUCCGCGGGAAGCCCCACGUUUACCAUCGGCUGCUGAUGCAAGAUCUCUGCCAGGUGAUCGGGUUUGACCCCAACGAAAAGUACCGGAAAUCCUACCCGAACAUGCUUCUGUUUCCCCACUACGUCGGUGACGGGAGCCGCCGGACAUUUUUCGUCACCCAGAAUGGGCUUAUAGAAUGCGAAUUUUGAUGACGUCCCGUAGAAGCCGCACUACACGCACAACAUGCAUAACGACAAAUGUAAUCGCGGCCUACUGAAAAAGUGCCACUUGUCAUGCUGAAAGAAUAGGAUUGCAAACAAGUUUUGACAUGACAUGCUGCAUAAACUACCGUAUUUGCAACUUCUACGUGUGAGGCGGGAUGUUGUUGAAAUUCCCUGUGGAUAGAGUUGUCGUCCUCCCUACUCGAGCCCAACGUGGAUGUGGUGUCCAAAUACGACCAACUAGAGGAAGCCUACAAGGUCGUACUGGAACAGUCGGUGCCGACGGUAAAACUGGACUACAUUUUAUGCAUUGCAAAAGUAUCGUACUUAGUAAGAAUUGCAUCACAAAUUAUGACAAGAAAUAGAAUUUAUCUGUAAUGCUCUUCUAGCGUAGGAAGAAGAUUUGUCAUGCAAAUCUGCAAUUUUUAGUACGAGUGCGAUACAGUUUUGCAGUUCAUACACUUUGCGGCCGAACAACUACGACAUCGAUUUUUUGUAUCGCAAGAAAAACCUGUUUCACUGUGAACUUGUGAUGCAGAAAAUGGGACACAGAACUCUUUGUCUUGCUACACCUGCAAGACAUUGGAUUUGCAAGCGUGUUUUAUUUCCCUUAGGAAGCGCGCAUGACAAAUUUUCAGUGUCAUGUGUAGCAAGCUUGUGAUGCAGAUCUUGCAAAGUUGUCAUCACAGUGAAACAGUUUUUUCCUGUGAUAUUUUGAAGGUCGAUGUGCAGGGAGCGGAGAUGCUGGUUUUUCAGGGGGCGGAGGAAUAUCAAAUGCAAAAAUGUCUGGGUCUGGGAGAUUCCGAGACUUGUCAUGCAGAUUUUCCAAGGUCCAUGUCGUCUGGAAUGCAGCACAUAGCAUGACAGAUUCUGUGCGAUUCCUACCAUGCCUGUCCUGCAUGAGAAACUCCCUGCCAACUUGGUCGAAAGUGAGCAGCUUUUGGCACGCAUGCAACACAGAUUUUUGCAUGAUCCAGAAUUAGCAUGACAAGUUGCAACCUUGUUCCAGACCCAGACAUAUUUGCAUUUGAUAAGGAAUCAUUGGAGGAGGUAGUGGUCAUCGACGUGGAGGUGCAUUUAUCCAUGAAAAAAGACCACCCAUCUUACCCAUGAUCCAAUUUGUGAUGCAAAACAUGCAUCAAGUCCAGUGUUUGUCAUGCAAAAAAUGGAUCCGGAUCUUCAUGGGUUGUUUUCUACUGGGGAUAGCAUUUUCAGAAAUUGUACAAGGACAUGCCUCUGUUUGCGGACAUCGACAUCUUCCUGCGCAUAUGCAUUGCAAAUGUGUCUGGGUCUGGAAGGAUGCAGGUUGUGAUGCAAACUUCAGACAACCCAAAGAUCUGUCAUGCAUGAACACCAAUAAACGCGGGCAAUAUUUCAAUUUGAUGACUCCGAAAGAGGAGAUUUGUCAUGCGGGUUCGGCAUUGGGAGACCUUCUCAAGACCACGUGUGAUGCUAGGGCUUGCAUGCCAGACCUCCUCGGUCAUGCAAGAACAGCAUGACAAACGUCGGUUGCGCGACUGAUCCUGAUCCAGAGAACCCAGACACAUUUGCAUUUGACAACGCAACCGAGACUUCGUUUUCCACCGGCUCAGCGACCUGACCGGGCGCGGCAUGAAGCCCACCCGAUUGAGUUCCAGCUCUCUCUGGGGCAACGCCAUUUACAUCAAAGACAUCGACACCCAGUACCGGAAAUUAUUGCAGAAAGCAGGACAUCGGAGCCGCGGCACUGCAGAUCAUGAUUUAGUUCGUGUGGCGAGUGCAGAUCAUACAGACGCAGGAAUAAAUUCAGCCCAAGAAAAUGAGGAAAAGGAAAAGGCCGAAGGUCGACAAAUAGCCCAAGCCGAAGCUGCGCCUCAGCAUAAGCAUGAUCCCGCUGGAACUGAAGUAGAAGUGAACCCGAUGGUCGACGAAAACGAAAUUUUUCGAUUGGCUUCCAAGUACAACGAAUGCGUCAAGCUGAUGACAGCUGAAAGGACCUCCACGAGGAGGAGAUCUUUUCCGCCUUCCGAGACGGAUGCGGACCCUCCUGUGGACGAGGUAGUUGACAGCGGACCAGCUGCAAGUGCAACGGGGGCUGUGGCGUGCGAAAAAGAACUCAGACACGCAUGGAGGAGAAGGACAACUGCGAUCAUGGGAGCAGAGGACGGCGCGCCGGUGGUGAAGAAAGCAGGUCGUGAAAGUGAUGUGCAUCUGAAAGAAGAUGAAAGAGUACAAGUAGAACUAGAAGCCUCGUCAUCCUCAGCCACGUCUGAGCGCGAGAUCGUGGAGCUGCUGAAGCGGCGCCGGGAAAAGCUGAUCAAACAGGCAAUCAUUUUGCACGAAAUUUACGCCGCAAUGGACGUGGCUAUGAAUUCGCUGUCCAAAGUCGGGAAACACUCCGGCCUGGCAACGAAAUACUACUACAAAAUGGUGGACUCGCUGCCCACGGAAAAAUACAUCCCUGGGAAAGGAACCUACGAACUAACGCAGGGCUUUCGACCGCCAGAGAAGGCGCUGAGGAAAAGGGCGAGGAGGGAGGAGCUGUGAGAAGCGUCUUCUUUAUCAGACAGUAGAAGUUCUCCGUGUGGAGGUUGCGAUCAUACUCCUGAGCAAAAAAUAAGCUCCUGGUCUGGACGAGCACAUUGAUGCGCACCGCUGCUUUUUUAGUGGGCCUGUAGUUGUUGACCUUGAUGUUGAGUCCAUCUUCAGUAGCAAGAAACACAGCUGCAGCAACCACAAGCCUCAACCUCGGGCAGAAUCAUACAUAGGGACAAGGGACUAUUUCCUCCGCAAAGCUGCAUUUGCGUCACGCCAGAUUAUACAGCAUUGGCGAUUUUUUAGGCAUGUCGCUGCCGCAGCGCUCGUGCCCACGACAGCUGCAUCAAGGAGCGAGACAUUUUAGUGACAAGCUGUGCCUGAAGAUUUUUAGUGAUUACAUGACGCAAGUUGUACUAGCUGUAGCUAUGGGUUUCACUCGACAGCACAAGAACUGUGUUGGACUGUAAGAAU